AUGAAGGUUCUUGCGCGCAAACCCCAGAGCAACCGAUCCGGACUUGAAUCAGGCAUUCAGGGACUAUCAGUACAAGAUCAAGGUCAGGGAGAUGAUGAUGAUGAUGAAGAUUUUGAAGGGAAGCCUGGAAAAUUAACAUACGAAGAAAGAGUCGCGAAAGCUCAAAAGGAAAGGGAGGAAAAGCAACGCAAGUACGAAGAGGUUCGUGAGAGAUUGUUCGGUAGCUCCACUCCAGGUUCAGGUGCAUCAUCUCCUGGCAACGGCACCCCGCCGCGCCAGGGACAACAUCAAGGUGGUGAGGGAAAGAAACGAGGACGAAAUAACAGGUCUAAUACCGGAGGCAAUCGAGAAAAUAAAGAACGGAGGGACAGAGAUAAUGCUAAUGCAUCUCCCAAAACGCAAGGCCGACUGUUCGACCCAAACUACUCCCCAAAAACAAACUCGAGCUAUGUUCAGAGAAAGGAGAAAGAACGCGCAGUGGGUGAAUUUAGUAGGGAAGCACCUUUACAGCCACAGCUGGGUAUGCAGUCUCAAUCUCUUCAACUGCAAGCACCCAUCAGAAGUCCCAGAGGACCAGAUUCUAGUGGCAGAGGUGGAUUUGGCGGUUUUCCAUCACGGGGUGGGCGAGGUUGA